AAAGACAAUUUGAUCACUCAGUUAAAAAGAUCAGAAGUGAUCAAGGAAAAGAGUUUCAAAUGUCAGAUUUUUUUUCCUCUAGUGGCAUUUUCCAUGAGAUGUCCUGUGUUGAGACACCUCACCAAAACACCAAGGUAGAAAGAAAGCAUCAACACAUCUUAGCCAUUGCCAGAGCCUUAAAAUUUCAGUCAAACCUCCCUAUGGGAUUCUGGGGUGAAUGUGUAAAGCAUGCUGUUUUUUUAAUCAACAGAAUCCCUACAACAGUCUUAGGUGAUAUCUCCCCUUAUGAAAAACUCCAUACAAAACAACCUGACCUAUCAAACCUUAAGGUUUUUGGCUCUCUAUGCUAUGCUUCCACCCUUAGCAAUCAUAGGACCAAAUUCCAAAAUAGAGCAAGGAAAGGAGUAUUCAUAGGAUAUCCUUCUGGAAUCAAAGGAUACAAGAUCUAUGAUCUUACCUCUCAUGAUGUCUUCAUCUCGAGAGAUGUCAUCUUCUAUGAAGAUCAAUUCCCCUUUCACCAACUACAAUACCAAAUAACACCCUCUGACCUACCCCUUUACUCCACUGUCCCCACUCUUGAUCCCUCAGACCCUCCUUACAGCCCCAACUCACCACUUCCACCUGUUAUACCAUCAACAAACUCUGAUCCAAACCCAUCACCACCACCACCACCACCACCUCCUGCUGCCCCUCCAUCUCCUCCAAACCAACCUGACCCUAACCUUCCCAUUGCCCUGAGGAAACCUCCCAGACAAACCAAACAACCUGCUCGCUUUUACCCUUACCUUUGCAGCCUGCCUCAACAGCCUUCUUCUUCCAGUCACUCUUCCAAGCACCAGACUCCAGGUAAUGCUACUUCAUUAGCUGCUUUGAUUGACUAUUCCAGUUUAUCUCAUCAGCACCAGAGAUUUGCUCUCAGUAUCUCUUCCUACAAGGAACCAGAUUCAUAUGAAGAAGCCAUUCUAAAUCCAGAAUGGGACAAUUCGGUUCAACAUGAACUCAAAGCACUGAUUCAGAAUGAGACUUGGGACGUGGUUUCACUUCCUCCAAAGAAAAAAGCCAUUGGCAACAAAUGGCUAUUCAAACUGAAAUUCUUGUCAGAUGGCAGUCUUGAACGUCACAAAUCCAAACUUGUGGCAAAGGGAUUCAGUCAACAAGAAGGUGUGGACUACCAAGACACCUUUGCACCAGUCAUCAAAAUGACAACUGUAAGACUGUUUCUAGCCAUUGCAGCAGCCAAAAACUGGAUUGUUCACCAGCUUGAUGUGAACAACGCAUUUUUACAUGGCGAUCUUCGAGAAGAGGUGUAUAUGAAACUUCCCAAAGGCCUUAUACCUCCUCCUAAUAUUCCAAAUCCAGUGUGCAGACUGAAAAAGUCGCUCUAUUGCUUGAAACAAGCUCCUCGGCAAUGGUUGUCCAAACUUGCUGAUUGCUUACACUCACAGGGGUAUGAAUCUAGCAAGGUUGAUCACUCUCUCUUCUUCAAGGCCACCCCAUCUGCCUAUACCUGCAUUCUGGUGUAUGUAGAUGACCUGCUGAUUGGAGGCAGUGACCUGACUGAAAUUGAGGGCAUCAAACUUCAUCUUCAUCAAACAUUUGGCAUCAAAGACCUUGGCAAUGCCAAAUACUUCCUUGGCCUUGAAGUCUCUCGCACAUCCUCAGGCAUCCAUCUAUCCCAGAGGAAAUACACAUUGGAGAUAAUUGAAGAUGCUGGUGCUGUCUCCUCUCGCACUGCAACAACCCCAAUGGAUUACAAGACUCACCUGUCUAGUUCUUCAGACCAACCUCUCACAGAUGCAGAAUCAUAUAGACGCCUUGUGGGGAAACUGAUUUAUCUCACCACAACUCGGCCAGAUAUAAGCUUCUCCGCCCAGCAGCUCAGUCAAUUUAUGGCAUCACCAACAGAGACACAUUUUCGGGCUCUUCUCCGUGUUCUCAGGUACCUCAAGUCUUCUCCUACAACUGGACUCUUCUUUCCCAGCUCUACCACUCUUCACCUUCAGGGCUACAGUGACUCCGAUUGGGCCGCCUGCCCUGAUACUCGCCGCUCCAUCACGGGAUACUGCAUCUACCUCGGCGAGUCUCUAAUUUCUUGGAAAAGUAAGAAACAACAUACUGUCUCGCGCUCAUCUUGUGAAGCAGAGUACAGAGCUCUUGCCUACACAGCCUGUGAGGUGCAAUGGCUCCUCUUUCUCCUUCAAGACUUCAAGAUCCCUCACUCACAACCAGCAACCAUAUUCUGUGACAAUCAAUCUGCCUUGUACAUCGCCGACAACCCAACAUUCCAUGAGCGUACAAAACACAUCGAAAUUGAUUGUCACCUGGUUCGUGAGAAACUCCAGGCCAAAGUGAUCAAGCUACUCCACGUGUCCUCCGCGCAUCAACUGGCUGACAUCUUCACCAAGCCUCUUCCGCCAUCGACUUUUUCCUUCAUCUUGUCCAAGCUUGGUGUUCAGCUGCUCUGCCCACCCGCUUGUGGGGGGGGGGGGGGGGGUAACAGCAGAAUUGCAAAAUUCAAUUCUUCAACCCAGCUCUCUGACCACUCAAAAGGAAACGGCAGCGUUUACUUGGUGCGACGUCGUCCGAGGCUCCAUCAAACCAACUCAAAUCCAGUCGACCGUUGGGCGAAGCGGCACCGUUCCAUCCCAUUAAUUAGCGAACACUUUUCUCCAUUUCUCUUGUCUUCUUCCUUGCUCUUCACUCUGCUGCAAGGACAGCAACUCAGGCUGUACCUUGGAUUGUAGUGGCAAUGCCACAUAUAUAUUGAACAUCAAUACCAAAUCAAACCCAGGUUUUAGGGUUUUUCACUUCUCUGCCGCUGUUACAUGAUGAACAAACAAAGGGUUGUUAUUCAUCAUCCUAACUUUUACCAUGAUUUUUAUUUGAUUUGUUUUGCGGUGAUACGACUUAGUGUUUAAAUUUAUGAAAUGUUUAUGUACAUUAAUUGAUGUGAAGGGUGAUUUUAGAAAAAUCUAAGAUGAUGACUAGCUUGGCACAUAGAGUGAAAUUAAGUAAAUUAUACUAUUACAAAAUAAAUUUAUAAGAGAGUAUCACAAAAUAAUAACAUAAAAACUUUAUAUAUUUUAAUCAUAAAUAUUAAUAAGUAUACUUUUAAAAAACAUUAAAUAGAUAAUGAUCAAAUAGUAAUUAUUUAUAACAAUGGUAAUUUUCAUUGGUCGAGCAUCCUCGAAGCUCCAAGUCCUAAUCGUAAUUGGUCAUCUUACUAGAUUCUCGUACCCAGUUUAACUUUAAACUGGAUCUGGUCAAAUUUAGUCAAACACGUUUAAAUCUAUAAAUUUUAAUUAUUUAGUCCAGUAAAUCGAGUCAAUCAACCAUUCCUCUCUACCUUUUCCACAAACACUUUUUCUUUCUAAUUUUCAAUGCAAAUUCAAGUCACCUAUGAGAUCUUGAUUCGACUAGGCAAACCUUGACAAACUUGCUCUCGGAAUCAAUCGGUCACCCUAACAACGUUUACAUUAAUAAUAAGUUAAUAACUAUAAUAAAACAAUUCAUAAUAU